AUGGAGUCAGUAAAUCGAUUCAUAUACGGACCCAGUUCAGAAGAAAAAGUAAAAAAAUGGCAAACUAAAAUUAAAUCAGAAGAAAGACAAAUCGAAAGAGAAAUCAAAUCGAUUGAAAAUGCAGAAAAGAAAGUAAAAUUAAAUUUAAAAUCAUUAGCUAAAAAUAAUGAUUUAAAGAAUUGUAAACUGUUGGCUAAAGAGAUUCUUAGAAGUCAGAAACAGAAAGAUAGGUUGUUUACUUCUAAGGCUAGACUUAAUUCGAUUCGUAUGCAACUUCAACAUCAACUUGCUACACUUAAGAUUACUGGAACUUUACAGAAAUCAACGGAGAUUAUGAAAUUAUCUAACUCGUUGAUGAAAUUACCAGAACUAAAUAAAACGAUGCAAGAGAUGUCAAAAGAAAUGAUGAAAGCUGGGAUUAUGUCAGAAAUGGUAGAAGAUGCUAUAGAUACAUUAGAUGAAGAUGAAGAAGAAUUAGAAGAAGAAGCCGAAAUGGAAGUUGAGAAUGUAUUAUUCCAAAUCACAGAUGGAAAAUUAGGACAAAUGGGAACCUUGACUGGAGGAAAAUUACCAACAAAACAGGGAGAAAGUUUACAAGAAGAUGAUUUAGAAGAUAUUGAAAAGAUGCAAGCACAACUUAAUGGUCUUUUACAAAGUUAA